UGAGAGAGUCUACCAGAACAGACGUUUUGUAUUGUUGUUAUUGAGUUAAGCACCGGUAAUCGGUAUCCUAUAUCUCGGCGCCGCUAUUUGAUGAAUGUUAGUCCUGCUCGUGCGCUACAUUGAAUGCUUCCAAUGGACGGCGAUAAACUAGGAGCGGACAAGACGGUAGAUCGCGAGAAGACUUGUCCUCUGCUACUACGAGUAUUUCUUUCUAAUAUUCGGCACCAUUCACCUAGUGACUACGCGCGUGGACAAGUUCCCGCAAACGAACUUCAGGUGUACACAUGGUUAGAUGCAACUCUUCGAGAGCUGACGGGUCUUGUUAAAGAGGUAAAUCGCGAGGCGCGCCGAAAGGGCACAGUAUUUGACUUCGCCUUCGUUUUCCCUGAUCGAAACGGCCCGAUGUAUCGAGUGCGUGAAAUCGGAACCACUGUGUCAGGUCAAAAGGGUCCUGAUGAUUUCAAAACACUGCGCGAAUGCCGCUUCACAAUUGGCGACUACCUCGACAUCGCAAUCACUCCGCCUCGCGGGGGCAAUCUACGAUACUAGAAUUCCUUUUCUUAGGCAAAAGAUUGUAAAUCAAUAGUUAUUUACAGUAACUGCUGACUGAUCUUGACGCCUUGUUUCUCAAGCGUAGCAUAUAACACGAAUCUGAUCAUUCACAUUAGAAUCACUCUAUAAAUAUCAUCCAAUGGCCUCAUGGCGCAUAAUUUUUAUAGGGAACAAAAGGAGGCAGGAGCUUGAGUAAAGCAGCUGUGUCCGACAGAGAUAAUGUUGUAACAGCAUUACCUGUUGCGAAUGUCAAAUCAGCAAGAUGAUAAGAAGGGUUAUGCAGUAUUGUAGAGCGAAAACAUUUGUGUUAUAGUAGAGGCGUAAACCCAACGAGGCUUUAUUUGUAAUCAUACUCUGGAAAUAUAAUAAAACGCAUUUGUAUAUACUCCUUCGUAAAGAACAUGAAAAACUAGUUGGUGAAAGAUGGUGUUUCCUUCGCUAUGGCAUUGAGAUU